AUGAAAUUACCAUUUAAACAAAAUGAAGAACUUAUAUAUGGAAUAUUAUCACGUAUUCUUCAAAUAAUUCAAAAAUCAUCACCACAUUUUCAUCCAUUUGUAUAUGUUCUUACAGAUCAUGCUCAAUUUAAUAAUGAUUCAAAUCUUAAGAUAAUUCCAUCACCAUUUAUUGGUCUUGAACGAAGUUUAAUAACUGAAUAUGAAUGA